GUUACCAUUGACAACUUGCCUGAGACUGUUCAUGACUUCCACUCCAUCAUGAAGACCAAACUAGGAUUGGAGGGGGACCUUGUGGUUCAGUAUCAAGACCCUGACUUUGAUAAUGAAUUGUGCACUUUAAGUAGCAUGUCAGAGCUUCCUAAAGAUAAAGCAACUUUGAAAGUGUACACCAAGGCUUGUGAAUCAAAACACAAAGACUCAACCCUAUACACGGCAAGCCUGUCCUCAUCUUCCCUGAAAAGGGGCCCUUGUGGUCGUCAAAGUCGUCAGCUGCCUCAUACAUUUGUCAUUCCUGCUUUUUCUUUUGAUGUGCAGUAUGUUCUGAGGCAAGGAAAUGAAGCUUACCAUAAAGAUGGGACACUUCUUAACAUAUCAAAAUACAUGAAAUCUAACAUCUUAGAGAAGUUAGCAGAAGCUAUAUAUUCCCGCAACCCCUACCCAGGACGUGAAGUGUAUGAUCAUGUGGCCCAAGCUCUCAUCAACAAGCAUCCUUGUCUGAAGGAACCAGGGUCUGUCCACGGGUGGUACUGUUGGAAGUUCAGUCUUAAGUUUAAGAUGGGCAACUUCCGGCAGAAGCUGCGAGUGGCUGGAUGCACCGAGCUCAGACUCAACUCGCAUUCUUCUGGGCGACCUGGGCCAAAAACACUGAAGAGGGCGAGAAAAUCUGAAGUGAAUUUUCUGCCCAAUUUUCCAGAAGGAAAAGCCCAAAGUGAUCUCGACAUGGACAGAUCCACCAUGGUCAUUAAGAUAGAGAAAAGAAAACUUGACUCGAAGCAAAUUGGUGAAAUGAUGAAUGUCACAUUCCCCUUACGGAGAAAAGAGAUUGUUGAAGAAAAAACACUUGUGGCACAAGUCAAAGAAAGAUGGCCAGCCUUGUUUGCUGAACGACAGAUCGAAGCAGAAUUUGCUCGCCUCACAACUUUUGACUUGAAAGGCUCCCUCUUCUCUGGGCUGGACCAGCACCUGCAGAGGUUCCUAGAGCUCUUCAAAGUCAAAAGUGGCACAGUUGGCCUGACCAGGCUCACAAGAUUGCUUGAUGAUGAUAGCUCGACAUGCAAGAAGAGGUCUGCUCUUCUGCUAGGCCUUCCUCAUUAUCUCAAAGAGGAUCCCUUGUGUCUUUUCAAGACUGUGGAGGCCACAGACAAAGAGGACGUAUGGACUGACGGGAUGAACGUUGGCAUUGUGAUGGUGAAAGAAGGAGAAGACAUCACCGACGUGUCAGUGGUGCUUGAGGAAGCAGUCAUCCUGUCUGAUCUGAAGGACCUUCCAAGUGCCGUUGCCAUGCUGAUGGGUUUGCUUUUUGCCCUGAACAUAGACUACCCGAAGGAACUCAAAUACACAUUUGAAGUUAUUCAGAAGGUCCUGAUGAACAUUGGUGGGGGACAGUGUUCCUCACUUGUGCAUGGCUUGAGAAACAGACUCCUGCGAAAAUCCAUGUAGGAUUGUUUUCUGAAGACUCCUCAAAAUUGAGUGUUCAAAUGAGUGUUUAUGUAUAAGUUCAAUGUUAGUUACACAACAUUGAACAGUACAGGUCCAUAAGUUGUCAUUUAAUUGUGUGUUUUGCACAUUUGAAGUUGUUUAUUGUUUACUUUUUGUAUUACUUCAUGAUCAGACUCCUGUGAAAAUCCAAGUACGGUUCUCUGAUGACACACUUGAGUGUUAAAAUUGUUGUUGAUAUAUGUUCAAUGGUAGUUACACAAUAAACUGGUUGGA